AUGCUGCAGCAGGGCCCCACCCACCACCCACAGAAUGGCGGCGGCGGCGAGGCUGCUGCUCCGGCCGCCCCGUCCCUGCGGCAGGUCUGCCUCGAGCUGCAGGACAAGGUGGAGGCCUUUCUGGCCGAAGACGUCGAGACGAAGCUGCUGAGGGGCGUUCAGGCCCAGGUCCGGGAGGCCGUGAGCGUCAUCGACGAGGCACUGGACAAGUACAGCCUUGAGGAGCUCUCGCUCUCCUACAACGGCGGCAAGGACUGCCUCGUCCUGCUCAUCCUCAUCCUCGCGUGCCUCCCCCGCCACUUUGAACCAACCCCUCCACCCUCCACGACGACGCCCUCCGCCCUCUCGUUCGGUCCUCCCCGCCACUCCAACCCCCCGACCAACACGCCCCUCUCCGCGACCCCGCGCGCCGCCACACCGACAAACGCCUUCCCCACGUCCCUGCAGUCCGUCUACAUCGUCUCCCCCCAUCCCUUCGCCGAGGUCGACACCUUCGUCAACGCCUCCGCCGCCGCCUACCACCUCGACCUGUGCCGCUACGCCCUGCCCAUGCGCGCCGCCCUCGACGCCUACCUCGCCGAGCGGCCCAGGCUCCGCGCCAUCUUCGUCGGCACCAGGCGCACCGACCCGCACGGCGCCGACCUGCGCCACUUCGACCCUACCGACGACGGGUGGCCGGCUUUUAUGCGCGUGCACCCUGUCAUCGACUGGCACUAUGCCGAGAUCUGGGCUUUUAUACGGCACCUAAACAUCCCAUACCUCUCCCUUUACGAUAAAGGCUAUACAUCCCUCGGUGGUACCGAGGACACCCACCCCAACCCGCACCUGAAGAAGGAGGACGGAGCAAGAGGCUUCAAGCCGGCGUACGAGCUGACGGAGGAUAACGAGGAGAGGCUGGGUCGCGACUGGUGA